GUUUGUGAAGGUCGACUGCGGACACGCUUUCGUCCUAUCCGGACCAGCUAAGACGCCAAACACUGACAAAGACAAGAAGCUACUCCUCAAGCUGGGCUUCACGCUGGGGGAGACCUUAGGAGAGGGUGCGUUCUCCACGGUGAGGGCGGCCACCUCCCCCAAGUACACGGUCCCCCUAGCUAUCAAGAUGGUGGACAAGCGAAGGGCCUCUCCAGAAUUUGUGGAGAAGUUUCUGCCCCGGGAGCUCUCCAUCCUGCGUGAGCUGGAUCAUCCCAACAUCGUGCUCAUCUUUGAGAUCUUUGAGCUGACCAGCGGUAUGGUCUACAUCGUGAUGGAGUCGGCAGCCUUCGACCUGCAGCAGCGGCUGCAGCAGCUGGGCAAGCUGCCCUGCGUCCCCGACGCCCGGGACAUCUUUGUGCAGGUGGUGGGGGCCGUGCACUGCCUCCACGACCGCAACAUCGUGCAUCGUGACCUCAAGUGUGAGAACAUACUGCUCAGUGCUGAUGGCUGCCAGGCCAAGAUUGCUGACUUUAGCCUCAGCAGGGAAAUGAGCAGCUACCCAGAAGUGAGCAGCACCUUCUGCGGAACAGAAGCCUGCAUGGCCCCGGAGAUGUGGCUGCAUUACCCCCACGAUGCCAAGAAGUUGGACAUCUGGAGCCUGGGGGUGGUCCUUCUUGCCAUGGUGACUGGCAGCUUGCCCUUCCACGGCUGCCUCUGCAACACGAUCCAGCAUCAGAAGGAUGGGGUCCAGCACCUGAGGGGGGUGUCCGCGCUGCCGGAGCCCUGCCAGGCCCUCCUUGUCCAGCUGCUGCAGUUCUUACCAUCCUCCCGGCCCAGCGUGGAGCAGGUGGCCAGCAACAGCUGGCUGAAGGGGGAUAUCUAAGGGGAAUCCUCCCCAGAGAAUGUGUCAGGACAGCCAGCUUUUGGUGCAAUAAAUGCUGUUGAAGAAAAGCUCUUGAGCAGUUUGACUAGCAGGGUGUGGGUGGGAUUAAACUUCAAGUGCUGGCAAGACUUGGUCAAGAACUUGGUCAAGAACUUG